AUUCCUAGUUCUCGGCUCUACUGUUCCUUGCAGUCCAGAGAACAUAUCGUUUUUAUAUUUGAAUCUAACGAGAGUUUCGUUUUGUUUCAGGUGGUGCGAGUGGGUGAGAGGAUAGUAUAAGUGCUGUGAAUGUUUAGUGAGUUAUACAGUGAGUGAGUGUUUCAAGUGCAGUGACAGUGAGUGAGCGCGUACGUCCGCGGUGGCGGCGACGCGUGCCUCAAGUCAAUGUCGGUGUGUCGAUGGACCGGUGAUCAACGACUGACUACGUCGCAACAGCAGCGUUGGUAAAGCUAUGCGCCACUACAACUACCAGAGCUGUAGGCGAACGACACCACUAAUGACAUUACCAUUGUGACGCGCUGCAGAGCGGUGGUUAAAGCGGCUCUGCCGCUUUAAAUGGACAAACGCAAGAUGCUGCCAAAGAGAGCGCGUAUGGAUAGCAUGCGGGGUCCCAUUGCUAAUGGACCCCUGCAGUCAAGGCCCUUGGUGGCGUUAUUAGACGGUCGGGAUUGCACAGUGGAGAUGCCUAUACUGAAAGACGUGGCUACGGUUGCUUUCUGCGACGCGCAGUCCACCUCCGAGAUACAUGAGAAGGUGCUGAAUGAGGCUGUAGGCGCGUUGAUGUGGCACACUAUUAUUCUCACCAAGGAGGACCUCGAGAAGUUCAAGACGCUGAGGAUUAUAGUCCGCAUAGGAUCAGGAGUAGACAACAUCGAUGUUAAAGCGGCUGGUGAAUUAGGUAUAGCUGUAUGUAAUGUUCCGGGUUACGGUGUAGAAGAAGUAGCUGACACGACGAUGUGUCUUAUAUUGAAUUUAUACCGGCGGACGUAUUGGCUCGCGAACAUGGUGCGGGAAGGGAAAAAAUUCACAGGUCCAGAGCAGGUGCGCGAGGCGGCAGCGGGGUGUGCGCGUAUCCGAGGCGAUACGCUCGGUAUCGUGGGACUUGGCCGCAUCGGUUCAGCCGUCGCGCUAAGGGCAAAGGCUUUCGGUUUUAACGUCAUCUUUUACGACCCCUACCUGCCAGACGGCAUCGAGAAGUCACUCGGCCUCACGAGAGUCUACACGCUGCAGGAUCUCCUAUUCCAGAGUGAUUGUGUAUCAUUACAUUGCAGCCUGAAUGAGCACAAUCACCAUCUCAUCAAUGAGUUCACUAUCAAACAAAUGCGUCCAGGUGCGUUCCUGGUGAACACGGCCCGUGGCGGGCUGGUGGAUGACGAGGGCUUAGCGGCCGCGCUCAAACAAGGUCGCAUCCGCGCCGCCGCACUCGACGUUCACGAGAAUGAACCGUUCAACGUGUUCCAGGGACCCCUGAAGGACGCGCCGAACGUUCUCUGCACCCCGCACGCGGCCUUCUAUUCGGACGCGUCAGCGCAGGAGCUGCGCGAGAUGGCCGCGUCGGAGAUCCGGCGUGCGAUAGUAGGCCGCAUCCCGGACUGCCUGCGCAACUGUGUCAACAAGGACUACUUCCUUCCGGGUUCGGCGCCCGUACUGGCGCCGCCCGGUGCGCUGCCCACGCCACAACCACCGCCAGCCGGCUACAGCGAGGGCAUGAACGGCGGAUACUACGCCGGCGCCGCCGCGCAGGCCGCUCACUCCACAACCGCUGUGCACGAGCCUCCCGCGCCGCAGUUGCCGCCGCAACCCGCGCCCGUUCAACCCUCGCCACAACCGCCCAUCUCCCUGCCGAUCAACACUUCGGAUCCGGCUAAUCACCAGUUGAAGCAGGAGAGCUCCGAUGUCCACUAGGCGACGGCAUACGCUACGUUACAGUACCGUUAAGGCGCCGAGCGACUAAUCAAACUACAAACAAACAAUAGUUUUAUUGAUUCCAUCGCAAUAUGUCAUAAGUACCUAUGUCGUAAGCCAACGAGUGAUAAUUAUGUGAGCAAUGUUUGCAUUGAGACGCGCUGAGUGUGGAUGUGUCGGUUUUCCGAGACAGUAAAAUAGACUCGGUGACGUGGGCAAUGAGUCGGCGGACAUUUGGAAUGUGACUGACGCUUAUCGACGUCUUAAGAACAUAAAUGUUUUGUGGUUAUACUAUAGAAGUAUAUACAUGUAAUAUUUAACGAGGUUCCUUAUGAAUCAAAACAAAUUGUGUACAGAAAGCGUGUGCAUAAAUCAAAGUGAAUUAGCGUCUCAGUGCAAACGGCGCUAUAAAUUGAGCGAAUAGUUGAUUCUGUGUUUGUAUUCGGUAAGUUGGGACAGCUAUAUAUAUAAAUACUGUUAUAAGUAAAAUGCGUGUAGCGAUCGCGGGCCGACGUAAUGACGACAGUGUGAACUACUGCUGGACAUGUUCCGAAAAUUUGGUGGUAUAGAAGUAAUCGCAUUUAACUUAACGCAUCGGGUGUUAUCAGGCGCGUGUGUGAUCGCUUUUAAAAUAUUUGAGACAUUUGGUGUUUCAACUACAGAGGUAUAUAGAUAAAUAGUGGAGUGAUAUCUGAUAGUUGAGUGAUAAAAACGCGCGUUCGCCAACCCUCGGUGACCGCGACGUCACACAGCAUCGUCCGCGCUGUUUCUUGCCCGCGUGUCUAUUAUCUAACUGCAUACUAUUGAACGCUGAAGGUAACCUAUAAUUACAAUUAUCUUUCCUACUUGCCUCAAUUUAUAGGUAUAAAUUUCUAAAGCUAUAUUUUCAGAAUGAUUUGCGAUUUUUGUGACCAUUUCGCUGUGGUUUGAAGUUAGAUAAAAAGCUCGCUGGUAUGAAUGGCCGAGCGCAUGCACACGAACUGUUAUUUUAUAAGUAUCAACAAAUGGACUGUAGAUUCUAUCAUCACACUUAAUGAAAAAAAGGUCGUCGUAUUUUUUAAUUAUUUGAAAUGUACAAAAUGCUUUCAUUUGAUUAUUUUUUAUUUCUAAAUAGAGUGUAAAUGACGAAUUUGUACAUGAAUGAACACCGUACGUGAGAGACCGAACGCAAUAGCGGGGCAUGCCCCCACAUCAGCCUGUUUAAAAAUCGUGAGAAUUGGUAUUUAAAAUUAGUAUUUACUUACAGUUUAGUUUAAUGACAAAAACAAUGUGUAUAUUUUAUGAGAAAGUGAAAAGUUCUUAAAUAAAACUAUUGUUUUCGGAUUAAUUAC